AUGGGGUUAGCUUAUCAUUCGCUCGAGCUUUAUCGAAUUAAUGGAAGUAAAGACAAACUCUACCUCAGCACUGACGAUCUUUUCGGCGAAUACUUGGCAGUUGUCUUAGAGCAGAAACUUCCACGUUCAAACUCGAACUCCAAGUUCUCAGAAGAGGCCGACUCAGAUUUUCCUUUUCUGACAGAUCAUCAUCAUCACAACUACACGCAGUUACUUGGUUUUUCCGAGAUCGAAACAACAAAGCGAUUUUUCAACAUAACACGAUACAUAUCUCUACGAAACAAGAAAACCGGAUCUUUCUUGCCCUUCAAAAUAUGGUCUUUCGCUGCGAUGACCAGUAUCGCCAUGCUCUCAGGAGUGUUCCUCCUAGUGUUUAUUGGAAAACUGCGAGGAAUGAGAAACAACGUAAAUGUCCUUGAAUGGAACAUUCUCAUUGCAGCGAUGAUUUAUCAAUGCUUGCCCUUCGUUCACAACGGCGACCAUUCCACUGCAAUUUACUCGUUCUUGCUUCAACUGGAAAACUACACCAAGAUUCUAUUCCGCAUUUUAAUGGCACUUCGAAUAUUUUAUUUCAUCUCAGCAAUCAAUUCUUAUACGCUUAGUUACUGGGAUCGCCGUCGACUUGACGACAUUUUCGACAAUGGAAAGACUGUUGCGUAUGUCGAUGUAAGCGAAGAAAGAAAAGAAGAAAUGAGAAACAUCAUCGAAGUCAUUUCAGCAAGCGACAAGCAACGUGCACUGCGGAUAAUGACUCUUUUGGAAAUCAUCGACGAGAAACUUCAACGCCACAUCAAAGUGCAAAUUGAGAAGAAAGAAACGCUCGACAGGGAAAUCGAAGGAGAAGAAGAAACAACCUUCUCAAACCUCUCUUCUCUGCGACAUCGACCUAUCAUCCCUUUUGUUGAACAAUAA